AUGAUAAGAUGUUCUUCUAAUGGUUCAUUUGAUCGAUUAGAUCAUCAAAUACUUGACCGAUUUUGUUCACAAAUAUUACCUUCGAUUCAUCAUAACAUCAAAUGGUUAGAUGUUGAAUGUUCGUCUAUGGAAGAUGUUCUUCUUUGUACAAGUUAUCCUAAUUUAUCGGGACUUGGUUUACAUAAUAUCGAGAAGAACAUUGCAUUACGUAUUUUUACUGACGAAAUUCCUUUAACUUACAUAUUUCAAGAUAAAAUUUCAUCACUUGUUAUUGAUGUUGUUCAAUGUGAAAGUUUAAAAUAUUAUGUUGCUGAUGAUGGGAAAUAUCAUAAUAAACUUAUACUUAAUAAAACUAGUAAUUAUAGUGGAUAA